GCACCGCCCGGGGACAGCGGCCUAUCCGAAGCUGGUCCUCGCCCCGGACAGCCUCAGAGAUCGAGCUGUCUGCCUCCUCCCGCACCCGGGGCGAGGGAACUCCUACAUGAGGAAACUCCUUCUACCAAUGCAGAUUGACACCUUCUAGUCUUAGCUGCCUUGAACAUCAAGAGGGGAAAAAUGAGCUCUUUUGUGAGAAGAAAAGGAAAGCCAAACAAAGGAGGUGGAAGAGGUGGUGGAAAAGGUGGAGGAGGAGGACGAGGUGGCAAGAGUCAUGCUAAUAAAUCUCAAACCAGUGGCAGUAGAAAAGGCUCAAGUAAAAUUUGGGAUGAUGGAGAUGAUUUUUGUGUCUUUGGUGAACCAGGAGUUUCAUCCAGGUCUAGCAGCAGCACUAGCAAAGGAGGAGCACACCCAAAACGGAGGCCUGAAACCAGAGUGCCCUUACAGACUCUCCAUAUGACUUCUGAGAAUCAGGAGAAAGUCAAAGCUCUUCUUCGAGAACUCCAAGGACAGGACCCAGAGGCUGGAUUCGAAGGAGGUGCUUCUGGGGAAGAAGAAGAGGCUGAUUGUUGUGAUGAUGAACAGUACUGGUCUGCCAGUCGGGAGGCUUCCCUUGUUUGUAACCAUGACCCCAUGGAACCUACUGGCUCUGUACUUGGGAAGCCUCACAUUCCUGAAUUUGAAAUAUCUCCAUUUGCAGUCCAAAAACUCGCCAGGUAUGGUUUCAAUACUGAAUAUUGUGAGGCAGCAUUGAAGUCCUGUGAUGGUGAUGUUGGGGCCUCCCUGGAACAUUUGCUCUCUCAGUGCUUUUCAGAAAGAUAUGCAGAGAGGAUGGAGAUCCCCGCAGCAGCGUCCUGUGUCAAUCGGGAAGAGUGUAUGGAACAACGUCAAGAAGAAGCCUUUGCUCUCCAGUCAAUCUGUGGAGAAAAAUUUGUGGAAAGAAUUCAGAACAGAGUCUGGACAAUUGGAUUGGAGCUGGAGCACCUAACAAAUAAACUCUGCAAAUCCAAACAGAAGAAAAGUGCCAAAAAUGUACAGACCUCACGUGAAAUCUGUCAGUUCUAUCUCCAAGGAAAUUGUAGAUUUGGAUCAAAAUGCAAAUUUAGGCACGAAAAUCCCUCAAGACAACUUUCAAGAAAAGCAGAGCGAUCCAUAGAUGAUUCUCAUCUUAGAUCUAAUGGAGAUGUCUCUUUUUUAUAUGAACUUGAAAUUAGAUUUUCUGAAGGUAGCAAAUAUCCCUUCCAAGCACCUCUGGUGGCAUUUUAUUCCACCAAUGAAAAUCUACCUCUGGCUUGUCGUUUACACAUUUCUGAGUUUCUUUAUGGGAAGGCCUUGACAUUUGCUGAGACUGCUGAACCUGUAGUAUAUUCUUUGAUAACCCUUUUGGAGGAUGAAAAAGAAAUUGCCCAGUUAUUAACAAAUACCCAUCACAAGUAUAGUGUUCCUCCAGUAAACUUGUUGCCAGUUCCCUCUGUGAACAGAACUAAUUAUACUGCCAGUCGUAAACCAGUGGUUCCAAAUUGUUCCUUUGUUUCCAAUCCUGUGCCAGAAGUCAAGAAAGAACCAGAACUUGAGGAGGAGGAAGAUGAGGAUGAAGGUCUUACACCAGUUAUGGUAGAGAAUGAAAGCUAUGUCAACCUCAAGAAAAAGAUUUCCAGGAGAUAUGAUUGGCAGGCUAAGUCUGUAUAUGCUGAAAAUGCUAGGAUUUGCAAGCAGUUUCAAAUAAAAAAGGCUUCCAGACAAUACCAGUCAAUUCUGCAAGAGAGACGAUCACUCCCUGCUUGGGAAGAAAGAGAAACCAUUCUUGAUUUGCUGAGCAAGCACCAAGUGCUUGUUGUGAGUGGUAUGACUGGAUGUGGGAAAACUACACAGAUCCCUCAAUUUAUUCUGGAUGAUACUCUGCAUGGGCCACCUGAGAAGGUAGCAAACAUCAUCUGUACCCAGCCUCGACGGAUCUCUGCUAUUUCCGUAGCUGAACGUGUGGCUAAAGAGAGAGCAGAAAAGAUGGGUCUUACUGUGGGAUACCAGAUCCGCUUAGAGAGUGUCAAGUCCUCAGCUACCAGACUGUUAUACUGCACUGCAGGAGUGCUGCUGAGAAGACUGGAAGGAGACACAGCUCUCCAGGGAGUCACCCAUAUUAUUGUUGAUGAAGUUCACGAGAGAACAGAAGAAAGUGAUUUCUUGCUGCUAGUUUUGAAGGACGUUAUGUUACAGAACCCAGAUCUUCGUGUUGUUCUGAUGAGUGCCACUUUGAAUGCUGAGCUUUUCUCAGAAUACUUUAAUUCCUGCCCAGUUAUUAAUAUACCAGGCCGGACAUUUCCUGUUGAUCAGUUUUUUCUGGAAGAUGCAAUUGCUAUGACUAAGUAUGUGAUCGAGGAUGGUAGCCCAUAUAUGCGUUCCACGAAGCUAAGUUCAGAGGAAAGAAAAGCAAGACGCAACAGGACUGCAUUUGAAGAAGUAGAGGAGGACCUGAGGCGUUCCCUGCACUUCUUGGAUGAGAGCUCUGUUAAGGAUUCGGUGCCAGAUCAACAACUAAAUUUUAAGCAGCUCACAGCCCGCUAUCCAGGGUUUAGUAAAUCUGUAAUCAAAACAAUGUCAGUCAUGGAUCUAGAAAAGGUUAACCUUGAAUUAAUAGAGGCCUUACUAGAAUGGAUUGUGGAUGGAAUGCACACAUACCCACCAGGUGCUGUAUUAGUAUUUUUACCAGGACUAGCAGAAAUUAAAAUGCUUUAUGAACAGCUACAGUCUAAUCCUCUCUUCAACAACAGACGUAGUAAGCGGUGUAUCACUCUUCCACUUCACUCGUCUUUGUCCAGUGAAGAGCAGCAGAUUGUGUUUGUUAAACCUCCUGUAGGAGUAACCAAGAUCAUCAUUUCCACCAACAUUGCGGAGACAUCUAUUACCAUCGAUGAUGUUGUCUAUGUAAUCGAUUCUGGGAAAAUGAAAGAAAAGAGGUAUGAUCCAAGCAAAGGGAUGGAAAGUCUAGAGGAUACUUUUGUGUCUCGAGCUAAUGCUCUGCAAAGAAAAGGCCGAGCAGGGCGUGUUGCCUCUGGUGUCUGCUUCCACUUAUUCACCAGUUAUCACUACAAUUAUCAGCUUUUAAAACAGCAGCUGCCAGAAAUACAGAGAGUGCCAUUGGAACAGCUGUGUCUCAGAAUUAAAAUUUUGGAGAUGUUUACUGAUCACAGCCUUCAGUCUGUGUUCUCUCAACUCAUUGAGCCACCUCGAAUCGAGUCUCUCCGGGCCUCUAAAGUACGACUUCAAGACUUGGGAGCUUUAACUCCAGAUGAAAAGUUGACCCCCUUGGGGUAUCAUUUGGCCUCUUUACCUGUGGAUGUGAGAAUUGGCAAGCUCAUGCUGUUUGGUGCCAUCUUCCGUUGCCUGGAUCCUGCCUUAACAAUUGCAGCUAGUUUGGCCUUUAAGUCCCCUUUUGUGUCUCCCUGGGAUAAAAGGGAAGAAGCCAAUCAGAAAAAGCUGGAAUUUGCAUUAGCAAACAGUGAUUAUCUGGCCCUUCUCCAGGCAUAUAAGGGUUGGAGGCUAUGCACCAAAGAAGGCGCUCGUGCAAGUUAUAAUUACUGCAGAGAGAACUUUCUGUCAGGAAGAGUUCUGCAGGAAAUUGCCAGCCUUAAACGGCAGUUCACUGAAUUGUUAUCAGAUAUAGGGUUUGUGAAGGAAGGAUUGAGAGCAAGAGAUAUUGAGAAGAGAUGGUCCCAGGGUGGAGAUGGUGUACUGGAUGCUACAGGAGAGGAGGCAAACUCAAAUGCUGAGAAUACCAAGCUGAUAUCAGCAAUCUUAUGUGCUGCUCUGUAUCCAAAUGUAGUCCAGGUGAAAACUCCAGAAGGGAAAUAUCAAAAGACCAGUAGAGGAGCUGUUAGAAUGCAACCCAAAGUGGAGGAGUUGAAGUUUGUCACCAAGAAUGAUGGUUAUGUCCACAUUCACCCUUCUUCUGUGAACUAUCAGAUGAGACACUUUGAUAGCCCCUACCUGGUAUACCAUGAGAAGAUCAAGACCAGUCGAGUGUUCAUCCGAGACUGCAGCAUGGUGUCUGUGUACCCACUGCUAUUGUUUGGUGGAGGCCAGGUGAACGUGCGGCUUCAAAGGGGAGAAUUUAUUGUCUCCCUGGAUGACGGUUGGAUUCGUUUUGCAGCUGCCUCCCAUCAGGUGGCAGAAUUGGUUAAGGAACUUCGUUGUGAACUUGACCAGCUACUCCAAGAUAAAAUCAAGAACCCCAGCAUGGAUCUCAGCACUUGCCCAAGAGGAUCACGGAUUAUCAGCAUGAUUGUAAAGCUUGUUACUACCCAGUAAUAGAUGGCCUUGGUGGUGGAAUGAUUUCUUCUCACCUGUUUGUAAUUCUUCUAGGAAAUAACAGUACCUCUACCUUUGGAAUUAUCUGGUGGUUCUAGCCUUGGUAAUGGCACCCAUUGUUUACAAAUAACUGAAUAGCAAAGUUGUACCUUUCUGAAGAGUUUCCAGGAUAUAUUGAGGUACUUUGACCAAAAGUAUGGGCAAUCACAGCAUAAGUUGUGGGGGAGGGUGAUAACGAUGAGACAUCCUAUAACCAGCUUUACCUGUUUUCUUUUUCUAUGACAGCUGCAGUGAAUGAGAUUUGCCUGGUAACACAAACACAAUUUUAAUAUAUUGUUAGUCUGUUAUUUUUUUCCAACACAGUCCUGAUUGUCAUGAGCCCUGGUGAAAGUACCUAUUGCUUAUUUCCAGGGCAAAGAUCCUGUUGACAGAUCAACUAGAACAGGCCUGCACAACCUGUGGCCUGCCAAAGGAUUUCAUAUAUGAGACUCAUUUUGAGCCACUCAAAAUUGUGGAUACUUGAUUUAUGAAGUAUUUUUUGCUCAUUAAAAGUCAGCUUAGGAAACAAUGCUAAUGAGAAUGAAUUAUAUGCUGAAACAUGUAUGAGUUGGUAUAAUCAUUUACCACUCACUGUUCUUGGAAGCUAGACAAAAUAUGGCUGCCUUCCUCUGUGCAGCUGCUCCCCAAAAUGCUAUCUUCAUCUUUCCAUUUAGAAAUUUUUAUUUUUUUUUAAUUGUUUUAAACUCAUCUUCAUAUAAUAAAAUUCCAUUUUCAUACAUGAAGUAUAAUCAGCAGUAAUCAAUAAGGCAGAACUGAUAUAUUUUAAAUAGAAAAGAUUGUUUGUAUGUCUACAUCUGAGCAGUCUAGCAUUUUAUGUCUGUAAAUGCAUCUGCAGUUAAACUACUGCUUAUUUUAAUGAUGUAUUAACAUUUGGGAAAGUAAACCAUUUAUCAGAAGAGUGGCCAUAAUGCUCAUAUGGUUGAAUGGAAGAAACAUCUAUUUACAUUUUCUAUGCAUCAGCUAGUAAAGCAUUGUAAUCCUUUCACACUUUAUCAGUUUUCUCUGGAAACCUAUUAGCUAGCCACAUUAAUGGUGGUAGAUCAUUUUCAUGGUAUCGUUUUUACUUACCUUUAUAGGAAGCUUCCCAGGUUAUCCACAGUGAUCAUUAACAACAUGUUUACAAUCAUAUCUUAUCAAAUUGUUCAAACUUUGGGGGGAAAUAAAAUGGCUUAUUUAAGGCGCCAUAUAAAAAGAACAAGUAAUCCCAUGCAAUUCAUUUAAAUAAAAACAAAGAUAUUUCUGUAUCUAGUAAUAUAGCACCUAAAUUAUAGUUUGUGCUUCUUCUUGAACGUUUCAAAAUACGGAAACUGCUAGAUUGAAUAGCAGAUUCAUUUAGGAGAAAUGACCAGGGAUACUGAGUUACUCCAUAAGACCAUUGGCACAAGAAAGCUGGCACUGCCAUCGUUAACAGUGUACAUAUGUGGGCCUUCUGUUAUUGGCACUAUUGUUAUAAUACACAUCACAGGUAUUUAGUAGAUAGCUGGCAACAAGUAUUGCUAUGUGACUUAAGGAAUUUUAUAAAGGUGAGUGAUGCCUUUUAUAAGCAUGAAUCUUCUUAAGGCUAAACAUUAAAAUCAUGACAAAUUAUAUAGGAACACUUUUACAAAUGAAUACUAGAACAUUAUGUGCUACUUCAAGGUGAAAUUUUGAUUUUUUUUAAACACCAACAAAACAGGUAGUUGGUAUUUAGUGUGGUUUUAAGGAGUGCUUGCUAAAUGGUUUAUUAAAAUCAGAUAUUUAUUUUACUAUUAUUGGAAUCUAGCUAAAAAACUAAAGUAUGUCACUAAUUAGUAUGCCCUAAUGUUUGUGCCAUGCAUAUUAUACAAAUAGCUUGUGGGAAAGUUUCAACAUGGCUGAAAACUCAUGGAUGUGGUUAUGGGACAUGGGGUGUUAAUGAUGUGGUAUCUUCAUCUUUCUGCUCCUAUUCCAUAUCUGAUUGGAGGCAAAAGGAAAAGCAAAGAAAGGAUGGAACUGCUGCUUUUUUGCUUUUGUUUUCUCCAUCAAGGAAGAUGAUCUUCAGACUGGGGAGCAUUAAAAAAGGAUCAAAAGCAAAUUGAAACCCUAAAUACAUUGAAGAUGUGGGAAGAGAUUUCUGAGAUCAGACAUCUCUGAGCAAGUACACAAAGUUCUCAAACAGGCUUUCGGGGAGAAGAUUACUAUGACUACUUGGGACAGACCAUUGGAACUUCCUUUUAACGUUGGAAAAAGUUGAACUGUUAUUGAUCCCUACAAUUUGGUGCAGUUGUACAUUUUGUCAUUUGUAAUUCUCAUGUGGAAUAAAGCCAGUGUUUCCUAA